AUGAAGCUGAACAAAGACUUAAAUCCCUUCACAUCGCUGGUGGGAGUUCGCAUCCCAAACCACCCUUUCCUCAGGGAUCUGGCACGUGCCUGUGCUGGGCCCCUGGCUCUGACCAGUGCCAACUUCAGCUCCCAGGACAGCACCCUGACCGUGGCGGAAUUCCAAGACCUGUGGCCUCACUUGUCCCUGAUAAUUGAUGGGGGCCCGACUGGGGAUGUCCACAGCCCGGAGAGUCGCUUGGGAUCGACUGUGGUUGACUUGUCUGUGUCGGGGAAGUUCACCAUCAUUCGUCCUGGCUGUGCCCUGGCCUCCACAGUGGGAAUCCUGCGGCAGAAGUAUGGCCUGACACCCACGUCCCUGUGA